AGAGAACAAAAGGAGAACUUGACUACUUCUCAUCCAUCAAUGAGAAUAUUGUGAGAUGAAGAUAUAACUCUUUGCCAGGAGGAGCCAGAAGGAAGGAUUAGUCACUGUGAUUGAUGAGUAAUCAAGCCACUAUUAGUCCUGAUUGUGAGGUCCUUUUUGCCGCAACUACACUGACGAUUUUAUGAAUAUUUAACUCCUUAAUCACGACGAGUACGAGUUUGAAGAUGAUCAGUGGUUCCCAUACAAUAACCCUGAUGUCCUUUCAUAGCAGUGGUGAAUACGUGUUUCUUGGGGUGGUUCUACGAAAUCCCCCCGUGCUGCUGCUGGCUGUGGUAAUGUGCAACGCGGCGACCUGGGCUGAGUCGGCUUUGGGAUUCUGCGUUGGAUGUUGGAUGUGGAACACGAUCAUUGCUCCCCGAUUGGGCCAAGCUGCGUGCGAGGAAUGCAAGUUGUAACGGGUGAGGAUGUGCUAGUGUGUCACGCAGCUAGUUCUUGUAUAAGCUUUGUGAUAGUUAUAAUAUUCUGUAAUAACUAAGCGUAAGCCAAAGAAUUUUUUGAUUGUGAGAAUAGAUGCAACAAAGGAAAGAAGAAAUAGAGGAUAGUCUUGCAGCUAAUUAAAGAUGCUACACCCCGCGAGUGGGUACAUCAAUAACUCAGUCAGUCAAUCAAUCAGUCAACCUUUCAGAUGGGAAGGCUUUUUUGUGGCUUGAUUAUCUCUCAGUAAUUGAAAACGAAGGCACUCGAAUUCGAAAAAGACUUGAAGUGACGGGUUUAAUUGAAGGAUCAGAGCUAAUGAAUCAGCGAAGGCAAUCGAGAAAAAGUUAGGGUUAAGUUGAAGUAGCCGAGCAAGAUGAAUGAUACAAGGUGGGAAAAGCACAUAGUCCUAUGGGAAAAUUAUGAUAGUAAUUAGGGUGGAAUCAUGUAGUCCUACCGAGAAAAAUAAUGGUAUGCCCCAGGAGUGGGCAUAUCAAUCAAUCAAUAUCUUCCUGCCAGCGGUGGUACUUAUUGUGAUUAUAAUAUUAUUGAUUUGGUGGUCAUCGUAUCAAGACUUGUGGGAACGCGCUGCGGCCACUCAGUCCUUGAUGUGGUUGUCCACCUCCACUUCACGGAUUGUGUCUAGAAUUUUUAGGGAUUUACUUCUUGUUGGUCAAUGGUCGCCAUUCCGAAUGCUCUGCGCAAGGGGUGCCUGGUUCAGUCUCAACCUUUCGCUCUGUUCACCCUGAUCCUGGAAGUAUCUGAUCUCUCAUGCCACAGCCUCAAGGUUCGCAUCAGUGGCAAUCUCUAGGCCUUCGUAGAUCCUAUUCCUGUACAAAAUACGGAAUCCCUUUUGCCGCGAGCCUGGGAGUUCGUGUUCUUUCGUGAUGGUCUAGCCAUCAUGAAUCUGCAUUGGUAGUGUGAUAGACCGCGUGCUCAUGCUGGUGGAAGUAGG